CACCGAUGCGACGCUACCGUAAAUGGAGCAUUUCCAAUUUAAUGUCAAUCAUAUCAUGUCCCCUGCAAACUUGAGAAUGGGUGGGUGGCUUUCCACAUCGGCACGGCCAUUGCCCUGGGUUUCUUUUCGCAGCAACCUGCUAUUAUGGUUGCCUUCGAGAAAUGUCUGGCUUGGGUGCCGCGGUUGAGGUGGCCAGGGCCAAGCAACAUAGAGUCUGUAUCCUUGUUCGGCUGCAAGGUGGUGACGAGGAGAAAAGGGCCUUGUCGACUCGAGUUGCUCGCCUAUGCAGUGCGAAGAGUGUCCUUCUUUGUAGUCGGCAGGCGUUUGCUGGUGACUAUGAGUUUGAGGCGACGAGCUGGGCCUUUGGACAGGUCCGGAAGGUUGCGUGUUUGGGCUCCACUUUUGAUGCAGCUGUGAUUUUCGACCCGGAGGAGAUAAUGCCAGAGACUCUGUGGGCUGCCGCCGAGACUGUGCGGGGUGGCGGCAUUGUUUGCAUUGUGCCUCAGCUAGCCACCGGCCACACACCUGAGGUGACAAGACGUGGAUUCUUCGAUCGUCUCAUGACGGCCUUGCAGAAGGCCCCAGUGUGUAUUGAGGUAGAUGAGGCCUUGGAGCCACUGAAACCGGUGUUGUUUUCCAAUCAUGAUCAUGCAGCGUGCCCCGAAUUUGCAGAGGUGAAGGCGCCUAGCGCAGCAGGUGAGCUGACCGCCAUACUUGCCUUGAGCUGCAACCGCAAUCAGCGUGAGGUGCUCUUGGCGGCUUUUCAGGUCUUGGGCGGCAAAGACGAAGCGAGGCACCAGGUUGUGAUCAGCGGGCGCCGUGGCCGGGGGAAGUCCACGACAGUGGGACUUCUGAUUGCUGCCCUGGCCGGGCUAGCCAGGCAUGUUUCAACUAUUGUGGUCACUGCGCCAACAGCUGAUAACGCCUCCGAGAUGCUUGGUUGGGCGCGCCACGGCCUUGCUGUUUUGGGUCAAGGCUGCCUUUCUAUAGAUCAGCGAGGGAGCUUCUGCGCCAGCAGGCACACAAGUUCCGAGGGGACAGCCGACGGUUGCCAAAUUCUGGUCUCAGAUGUUGAGACCUCACCGCAGUUGCUGGUGGCCCUUGCAGCCAUGGGUCACCGAGUUUUUGUGGUGGUCGAUGAGGUUGCAUCGGUUGCCAUCCCUGCCUUCAAAUCCAUCCUCUCAGCUCCUUUCCAAGCCAUGAUUAUGGCAGGUACCACCUCAAGUUGUGAGGGCACAGGCUCUGCCCUGGAGUGGAAAGUUCUUUUGGACACAGCUAAGCCAAAUGGCAAAUUUGGCCUGAAUGCUGAAUGCACUGAAUGCAGAGGCUUCAAGCAGACCCGCUUUUUCCUGACGGAACCAGUGCGAUAUGGCCACGGGUGUCAGUUGGAAGAGCUUCUGGAUUCAGUGCUAUUUUUGGGCGCUGGUUCGGAGCACUCGUUACAUGAACUUGGGAGCACUUCUGACUUUGGCCCCAGGAACACCAGACUCCUGGAAGUAGACCAAGCACUUCUUGCUGACAGCACCAAUGGCUUUGCAAAAGCCUUGGUGGCUGUGCUCCAAACGCACUACCGCACUUCUGCGAGUGACAUCAGCAUGAUGUCACAGGAGUACGUGCGAACCAUGGUGCUGGUUCACGAUGCAGCCGGAGAUUCAGCCUGCACAGUGAGCCCUUCGCCGCUGGUUGUAUUGCUGUGCAUCCUUGAAGCGCCCGAGCUGUUGCCAUCAGAGAAGGACCGAGGGUCGAGCAGACUGUCAAGGUCGCACCUCACGACAUUCUGCUUGGAGCAGGACUUCCCACAGCUCCAGCUCAGCGGCCUCCGAGGUCUUCGGGUGGCACGAGUUGUAUGUGAUCCACGCUUGCGCAGCUGUGGAUUUGGAAGUGAAGCUGUGCGGCAACUUGUGUCUUGCUUGAAGGAUGGUCAGGGGAGCAUGGAAAGCCUCCAGGAUGCAACUGGCAGCCUGCCACUUCGACGACCACAACUGUCAAGCUGCUCUUGGCUUGCUGCCUCCUUCGGUCUUACUGAACCUUUACUACGUUUCUGGUCUCGACUUGGCCUGCGCCCAGUAGCUUUGGCACCAGCCCCAAAUCCGCAGACCGGCGAGGUGUCAGUUGUUAUGCUGAAGUCUUUGGCAGCAGGCCAGCUUGAGGUAGGGUUGCGGGCAUUGCCGUCCGAGUUCCAGAGACGCCUCCUACAGCGACUACCCAAGGUAGAUGAAAGCCUCUCAGCAGCCGUUCUUCUGAACCUCGUGACGUACGAACAUUCUGUUUGUCAAUACCCGUUGAGGAUGAACGAGCAAGAACUGGCACAGCUCCAACGUCUAGCGGAAUCUCGAGAUUCACUGUCCUGCCUACCUCACUGUGCUGAGCUCGUGCAGAAGCUUUGCCAGGCAUACUUUGGAGGGCAGCUGGCUCCGCUGAAGCUGCCCAAGGAGGAUGAGGAGCAGCUUCUUGCCUUGGGCCGCGCGGGAGGAUGCUUCAAGGAUGUCCCACUGUCUGCCAGCUUGGGAGCUUCAGCCCGGCGGGUGGCAUUGGAGGCAUCCAAGAAGAUGGCAAUUGGCUUAGACAAAGAGAUGGAGCUGAGCCUGAGGCCCUCGAGUGGUGACCAGGUCUUUCGAUCUUGGCUUCCCAAGUUCAACACUGCCGCAAUUGCGCUGGUGUUGAGAAGCGGCGAGGGAGAGGAUGGUCCAAAGUUGCUGUGCAGUGCUGAUUGGCUUUAUCCGAUCGAAGCUGAGUGUGGCGAGUUGCACUUAAGUGCGUCCUUGGCUGCUGCGCAUAGGCCAAUUGGCUGGUUACCUGAUUGCCUGGUUUUAUGCAGAUGCCUGCUCCGACGUCAAGAUUGUCACUGGCAGCUUGAGGCAACGUGCUUUCACCGCUGGCAGGUGCAGGAGUGGUCCGCAAGUUCGGCAGUGCUUGAGGAGGGCCGCCAGCUGCUCAGGUUCGAGGUGCAGGAGGUGCCAGUGCAGUUGGUUGGUCAUCAGCCAAGCACUGCCGACGUUCAGAUCAUGCUCACACUGCGAGAGCCCUUCGUGUCCGCGAUGUGCCCAAUGUGGGGACGUGCUUGGCUGCCGCUGGGUGCAAUGGGUGGAAAGGGCGAGGUGCAGCUGCGCUUGGAGGUGCACAAUCAGCCAGAGAGUUGGCUUGUGGUGCGUGGCUCAUGGGAGUUCCCUAUGAUGCACCAUGGGCAGGUUCAACGAAAUCGUGGGCUUUUCAGACUGAACGGCUUGGAGCUGCUGGGUGCAACAUCCCCACCAGAGCUACUGGUGC